CGAACUCCUUUUUAUUAGUAUUACAGUAUUAAACUUUUAACCUAUCACAGGAUUUCCUGCCGACUAAAACUACAUAUAUAUACACUCAGAGAGAUCUAGAGAGCAUUCAAGACAGUUCAUAUUGUUUUCUCUUCCAGAAUGACAAAGUCAGAGGCACAAGGCAACCAACCUCCAGCAGGGUAUCCUACUGAUAAUCCUUCCACUGGGAAGAAGAGGUGGUUUGUGCGUAGGAAGAAUAAGGGGGAGAGAGGCUUCAUUGAGGGAUGCCUCUUCGCUCUAUGUUGCUGUUGGCUCUGCGAAGGAUGCCUCUUUUGAACAAUGAUUAUAAGUAUUAUCACUAUUGUGAUGUUUCCCGUUGGUUUUGCCCGAUGUAUGGCUUAAAUUGGGAGUGCUGUGCCAUGGUUAUAGGUGUUUUUGUGUUUCCCAUCUCAAAAAAAUAAAACAUAUAUUAAAAUUAAUUAUUUAGGAUAAAAAUUAUAUUUUUAGAUAAUGUGUUGUGAGAAAAAGUAUUGUAUACAACACUCCUAGACGAAGCCUAUAUUGCAUACAGAUACAGUUUGUUUGUUCUUGUUAUCACUACUAAUUUAUAUGUAUGAUUAUAACUCGUAAUUAAGAAAAUAUAACAGUUUUUUGAUAGCAUGAGUCUAAAACUUGAGAAAUUCUUCCAAGGGAAUACCCCGUCACC